AUGGCUACUAACAUCACCUGGCACCCGUCUCUCUCCCGCGCCGAGCGCAACCAGCUCCGCGGCCAGCGCGGCCUCACGCUCUGGCUGACGGGCCUCUCCGCGUCCGGCAAGUCGACCGUCGCCACGGCCCUCGAGCAGCACCUCCUGCAGCAGGGCAUUACCGCGUACCGUCUCGACGGUGACAACGUCCGCUUCGGCCUGAACAAGGACCUUGGCUUCUCCGAAAAGGACCGCAACGAAAACAUUCGCCGCAUUGCUGAAGUCGCCAAGCUUUUUGCCGAUUCGUCUGCCAUCGCCAUCACCUCCUUCAUCUCGCCGUACCGCGCCGACCGCGACUCGGCCCGCGCCCUGCACGCCGCCGUCGCCCCCGGCAGCACCGACGAGCCUCUCCCUUUUGUCGAGGUCUACGUUGACGUGCCUCUCGAGGUCGCCGAGCAGCGCGACCCCAAGGGCCUCUACAAAAAGGCCCGCGCUGGCGAGAUCAAAGAUUUUACCGGCAUCUCUGCCCCCUAUGAGGAGCCCUCCAGCCCGGAAAUCACCAUCAAAACCCACGAAAACACUGUCGAGGAGUGCGUGGUCCAAAUCACCAAGUGGCUCUCGGAUAAGGGCUACAUUAAGACGGCGUAA